GCUCGGGUCACAGAAAGAUAAAGGGGAGGGGUCGACGUCAGAACGAGGUUGGCUGGCGAGCAUGUCUUGAAUGAACGACGUAGCGUAGGAUCGGAGGCGCGUAUAGUGGCUGGUGCGCACGUCAAAGGAUGAAUCGACGGGGAGAAGGCGAAGUGCCGAAAGAAACAAGAAACUGAGAAUAUAUUAAAAACACACACACGCAAGCGUGUGUCACAAGCACGUACGCACAUCUCGAAGCACGAUGACGAAAGGGACGAUAGGGUUCGCAAGCUCCUGAGCGUUUAUAGUGCGAGGAGGAUGGAGGAGGGACGGGGCCGAACAGCGCGAGUUCGGCGUUGACGUUCCGAGCGACGGACCAGACGAGAGCACCUCGGCUCCCCUUCCCCGCACUCCCUCUCCUCCCUCUCUCUCUCUGGCCCCACGAUCACCCCCCGUCGCCGCCCCAUCUCUGAUCCCCGCCGCCGAAACCGCCAGAAGACCAGCAAGCGGGCGGGCUGCCGGUAAAGCCGUUGCGAUAUAGGUGCGCUUUCUCUCGGGUGCGCGCUUGUUGUUUUAACCAGACAGCAGCAAGAAGGCAUAGUGACGCUGUGAGGACACCACCUUAACCGCCUUCGCCGUGCCAACGACCCAAGCCGCGAGCCGCGGGCUUCCAGCAUCGGGAACCCAUCGAUCGUUGCGAAACGAGGCGGCGCGCCCCACGCGCUGAGUCACGCGCAGCACCGGGGGACGCCAUCGGCGAGAAGGGACCAACCAGCACGAGGAGUACACUAUAUUGGGCAGAGAAAAAAGAAAAAGAAAGUUCACCGAGGAGUACUCCGACUGGGUGAGUGCCGCGCGGUCUCUGGCCGAUGGACGCCUCGGAGGGGUGCCCCGCGGGCCGCCUGCACGGCUACGCGGCCGCGCUGAACCAGUCGGACGCGUUCGUCGUGCUGUCGGCGGCGGCCGCCGUGCUCGCCUUCGGCAUCAACCUGACGCAGGCGCUGGUCAUCCUCUGCCUGGUGUGGCGCUCCUGGAAGUGCGCCUACCACCUGGCGCUCUCGCUCUGCGGCCUGCUGUCGGCCGCCGCGCUGCUCUGGCACGUGGUCGCGCUCCGCAUGCCCGACGACCGCGGCGGGUGGCGCGCCGGCUGCGGCGCCAUCCCGUCGGCGCUGUCCGUCGCCCUGCUCGUCGGCUACGUGGCGCACGUCACGGCGCCCGUGGUGCACCGCUGCGUCGCCGACACCUGGCCCCGGGCGUUCGCGGGCCACGCGCGCAACCGGGGCCUCUGCGUGCUGCUCAGCGGGUUCGCCUGGUGCGAGACGGUGCUGCUUGCCGUCACCGUGAUCUCCGACUGGCCCUCUGGGAGCCAGCAGCAGCAGCAGGCGCCGGCCUCGGCGGGCGGCGCCGACGUCUGCGCCCUGCCGCACCCGUGGUCGUCGGCCUUCUCCACGUUCGUCUGCGCGCUCUACGCGCUUCACGUCGUCGUCGACCUGGCCGUUCUCGUCGACAUGACGGCGGCCGCGAUGCGCAAGUCCCGCGCCGCCGCGGCGCCGCAGCCGCUGCCCACCAUCGCCGCGGCGGCCGACUCGGCGUGUCGCCGGGCCGACGACGACGACGAUGACGACUUCUUCGGCGAGGGCGGCUGCUCGUCCCUGAACCGCGUCGACCUGGGGCCCCUGUGGUGCCGGUUCGUGCUGCUGCUCGUGGGCACGCUGCCCAUGAUUGGGGUCAUGUUCUACCACAUGAUCUCGCUCCCGCCGACGUCCUCGACCGGGGGCCGCUCCUGCCCGUCCUUCCGCGACGUGCUUCCGCUGUGGACGCUGCUUUGCACCGUAGUGCUGGGCGUCGCGCUGCCCGUGGGAAGCGUGUCCAGCGACCCCGUGGUGGCCGAAGGCUCGGUGCACAUCAUCCGCCUGUUGUGCUGCUUCCUCAGGCGGAAGAGGAGGGUGGCGCCCGCCAGGGCCGCCAGGGGUGUGUGAGCACGUAAGACGUCAUUUCCGGAAGACGCAAGAGACACCCUGCUCAAUAACCGUGUGACGGGUGCGACUGGAAUGCGGGAACGAGUCGCAAGCCACAUCCUGUCGACACAGCGGCAACAUUCGCUGGUCUGACUGUGUCACCCAACAUACUAGGAGGCUCUAUCACGGAUAAUGCCAAACAUCACGGUUGAAGUGAUGAUGGAACACUUUCCAUAAGCCGCCGUCUUCAGUCCUCAGUGAAUGGUGCAAGUAAACUUCAGGUGGCCUUUCCCCGACCAUCAGCCAGAAAUCAAUGCGUGGACAUGCCACAGUACGAGUUGAGUGUGAGCGACAGUGGAUUGCACAUGUUUUUUGCAUGCAUACUGUUCUACCAUGUCAUACGUGAACACAAGCUUCUUUCAGCAGUGCCUGCUACAGGUUAGCUCUGAGAUGCCAAAGGUUUGGACAAGCAAACACCCUUGCACAUCGUUCAUGCAUUCCUAGGCAGUACCCAAAGAUCCUUGUCAACAACACAAAAUGCAAGUGGUGUUUUAUUUGCUGGGCCACUAGCUGUGUAAAGCAAGGACAUUUGUUUUGGAUGUUACAUGAAGUGUACACACACCAUAAGAGCAUGUUUGUGAGGUUUACAUACAGGAAAAAGUAUUUACGUAAGCUGCACCCAUGCCCUAUAUGCUCAAUGUCCAAAGUAAGCGUGGUAUGCUGAAUUUAGUCAAGAAAUGAUGAGGUAUAAAUAUGAAUAUGUGUGUGAUGAAAAUGGCAUAUUAAUGUUAAAUAAGCUACCUCUUUAUUGCGUGCCACGUUCCAGUGUACCAGCAAGAUAGCUUGAAUGAGAACUCCAGAGCUCUUGGCAUGGUACAAGCCAAGAGCUCUGGAGGUGCAUCUGGUCCCCAAGGUUGUUUUACAUUCAAAGGAUUAUGUACAUAUAUACCUAUAUAGGUAUGGUGCUGUUAUGAAACAUUAAGAACCAUAUUUUUGCAUCUUGUCAUGUUGUAUAUAGAUAUGUCUACUUCUGAAAGAAAAUCUGGACAGCUUCCAGUAAACAAAGAGCAGGUGGAAUGGCAUUCACUACGACAAACACGUAGAACAUUAGAGCUUGCAGAAAUUUAUACCAUAUACACGAUUUUGUAAUUGUGCCCAGCAGUAUUCUUGUGCCAUUUUAUAAAAUUUUAUAGCAGCUCAAAUUUUAUCUGCAUUUAAAAAGCACAAGGACUAUUACUAGGUGAGUAGAAUAGCUCCAGUCACGCAAAUUGUGACUACAUUUCCUGACCAUUUUCAUCCAAAGUGUGUGUUGUACAGUCAAAGGGGCUACUCUGCUCACAGGUGCUAAGAAAUAUUUACAUUACUAUUUCGAUUGUUCAUGUUGUGUGUGAAGUUUAGUUUUGAUACUUUUGUGGUUACUACGUUGUGUUUUGUUGUCCUAGUCACGCUUAGCACAUUUUUUAAAGCAAACUCACGAUGGAUACACCAACAAGCACUGCAGGCACUGCACUAGAAGAUCAGCUGCAUAGCUUCUCACAAGAAUAAAUAAACAAAAAACAAGAAGGGUUGUUGCAGCAAAAGUCAACUAGGGGUUGCACUAAUAAUGCAUACUGCUCAAUAUAUCAACCACUUAUUAACCAGUCUGCUUUCUUUUUUGCUUGAUGAGCAUGGCAUUAAAGUGAAGAUGGCAUGCGCACAUCUCAUGCCAAAGUGAGUGGUGUGGUCGCUGAGAUAUUUCAUGGCAUGCGCUGUGUGCAAGCUGCAACACAAGUGAGAUGCCAUUAGCACCAAAGUCCAAUAGUAAAUUUGGCAAUCACUGCCUGUACAGAUUUUACAUGUCACACAGAAGGUACCUUAAGCUGGUUGCACCAAGUGUUAGCUGGUGCAGAACAAUGAAACUUGAAGCGGGCCAGCGGUAAGAGGCGAGAGAAAAGCGUGCCACAGCUUAUUACAAUGUUCAUUCCCCAAGAAGCGCAAUGACACACAUUACUAAUCAGUCCUGUUUCUGCAUAUGCCACUUUCUUUGUCAGCCUUUUUUCACUCUCACUGCAUGUUUGUAUAGUCACUGGCUUGUGAUCACUCCCGCCUAGUCAAAUGGAUCUGUGAACAUGUAUUGACAUUUGGAAUAAAACACUUG